UUGCAGUGAGCCGAGAUAGCACCACUGCACUCCAGCCUGGGCGAGAGAGCGAGACUGUCUCAAAAAAAAAAAAAAAAAGGAAAAGCAAAUGUAACAUGAUAAAAUGGACACUUUAGCCAUCGCCUGACUGUGUUGAAUUGGGAAAGAGCCUCCUGCCAUCCACGUGGGAUGGCCUUCCUGAUGUGGCUCUCCAAGAUGGUCCCUGGGGGGAUAAAACCCCACAAAUACAUCAGGCCAUGUGCUGGGGAUGGGGCAUCGUCACACCAGGUCUGAAUAGGAAGGAGGAUGGGGAGGCAGGGCUGGGGGCUUUGAGGUCGAGGCGUGGCCGUGGAUUCCAGAAAGCCCCUUGGCUGGUGUGCAUGCCUGCCCAGCGGCAUCCGCGUAUCCUAACACCUGCCCUCCGUCGCCCUGAGCCCGCAGGCCAUGUCAAAGGACGCCCUGAAUCUGGCGCAGAUGCAGGAUCAGACACUGCAGCCGGAGCAACAGUCUAAGCUCAAACAACUUGUCAAUGAGGAGAAUUUACGGAAGCAGGAGGAGUCCAUGCGGAAGCACCAUCAGACCUUCUUGGAGUCCAUCAGGACAGCUGGCACCUUGUUUGGGGAAGGAUUCCGUGCCUUUGUGACCGACCGGGACAAAGUGACAGCCACAGUAAACACGCGUGUGCCAGGCAGGGCUGCCAGGUGGCUGUGGGGCAGCUUGUGGGGGCCUCCUGGAACCCCGCGUCCUGUCCCCGCAUCCUGUCCCCGCGUCCUGUCCCUGCGUCCUGUGCCCGGGUCCUGUCCCCCCGUCCUGUCCCCCCGUCCUGUUUCCGCGUCCUGUCUCCACGUCCUGUCCCCGCGUCCUGUCCCCGCGUCCUGUACCUGCGUCCUGUCCCCGGGUCUUGUCCCCCCAUCCUGUCCCCGCGUCCUGUCCCCGGGUCCUGUCCCGCGUCCUGUCCCCGGAUCCUGUCCCUGGGUCCUGUCACCCCAUCCUGUCCCCGGGUCCUGUCCCCCGUCCUGUCCCCACGUCCUGUCCCCCCAUCCUGUCCCCGGGUCCUGUCCCUGCAUCCUGUCCCCCCAUCCUGUCCCCGGGUCCUGUCCCUGCAUCCUGUCCCCGGGUCCUGUGCCCCCAUCCUGUCCCCCUGUCCUGUCCCCACAUCCUGUCCCCGGGUCUUGUCCCCGUGUCCUGUCCCUCCCGGCUCUGCACAGGCCCUGUAGCUCUCCCAGCACGGAAGAAGCCCAAACUGGACCUGCUGGUGGGGGCUGCUCCUCCCUCCUUGAGCUGGGAGAAGAAAACGCAGUUGCCAGUCUGGGCCACACGGUGGCAGGGCUGACGCUGCUGGCUGUCGGGGUCUACUCAGCCAAGAAGGCCACGCUUGUCGCUGGCCGCUUCAUCGAGGCUCGGCUGGGGAAGCCGUCCCUGGUGAGGGAGACGUCCCGCAUCACGGUGCUGGAGGCGCUGCGGCACCCCAUCCAGGUCAGCCGGCGGCUCCUCAGUCGGCCCCAGGACGCGCUGGAGGGUGUUGUGCUCAGUCCCAGCCUGGAAGCACGGGUGCGCAACAUUGCCAUAACAACAAGGAAUAUCAAGAAGAACCGGGGCCUGUACAGGAAUGUCCUGACGUACGGCCCACCAGGCACCGGGAAGACGCUAAUCGCCAAGGAGAAGAUAAGCGAGGACCUCAGGGCCAUCCAGCACACAUUCCUAAACCACACGAGGCAGCGCAGCAACAAAUUCAUGCUGGUCCUGGCCCGCUGCCACCCGGAGCAGUUCGACUGGGCCAUCAAUGCCUGCAUCGACGUGAUGGUCCACUUCGACCUGCCGCAGCUGGAGGAGCGGGAGCGCCUGGUGAGAAUGUAUCUUGACAAGCAUCUGAAGCUGGCCCAGUUUGACUACGGGAGGAAGUGCUUAGAGAUCGCUCGGCUGACGGAGGGCAUGUCGGGCCGGAAGAUCACACAGCUGGCCGUGUCCUGGCAGGCCAUGGCCUAUGCCUCCAAGGACGGGGUCCUGACCGAGGCCAUGAUGGACGCCUGCGUGCAAGACUUUGUCCAGCAGUACCAGCAGAUGAUGAGCUGGCUGAAGGGGGAGGGGCCUGGGCCCGAGGAGGAGCAACCGUCAUCCUGAGUCCAUGGGGAGACCACACCUCACAGAGCCUGGCCAGGGACCCCUCCCACCCCUACCUUUCCAACCCCGCACAUUUAGGAAAUACUCCCCGUAAUAAAGUCCCACACGCGCCGCA